UUGCAGAGCACCAAUCAAGCUUGGCGGAGGAAAAGGAAAGGAUCAGUUCAGGAGGAGGACAUGGGAAUGGAGGCGGAGGACGGCCGGAUGAGCUUGUCGGACACGGUUUUCAGCUUCUUGGAGGAAGGAGAAAGGGGAGCCGAGGCAUCGUACGGGAGCAGUUGUGGUGGUUACGGUGAUGAUGGCUUUGACAGUGGCGACGAGGGGACGAGCGAAAGCUCCGCCAAGAAUGAGGCCUUUUGGGAGUCGCAGAAGCAGCUUCUUCAGGAAGCUAUGUCUCGCACGAGCUCAACGGAGGCGAAGCUGCUACAGCGGACAAAGUAUGCAGUGAACAAGAUGCUGCAGGCCGAUCCCGUUGAUUGCACUUGCUCGAAUCGCAUGGCGAAGGAAUGCCGGAACUGCGCACUGGCAUGCAUCGCACAACAGCUUCGCGAGCUUGGAUACGACAGCGCGCUUUGCAAGUCCAAGUGGAGAAGGUCGGCGGACAUCCCUUCAGGGCAACACAGCUACAUCGAUGUGGUGAUGGAAGCAAGGAACAGCAAGAAAGGCACCAUUAGGUUGGUGAUCGAGCCAAACCUCCGGGCGGAGUUCGAAAUGGCGAGAGGCAGCCGGGAGUACAACAGCCUCGUGAGCUGCCUGCCGAAGAUCUUCGUGGGCAAGUCGGAGAAGCUGCGUGGCGUCGUCAAGAUUAUGUGCGCAGCAGCCAAGAAGUGCAUGAAGGAGAACAAGAUGCACAUGGCGCCGUGGAGGAAGCACAAGUACAUGCAAUCCAAGUGGUUCGGCACGCCGGAGAGAACAGGGCCGGGCGCAUCUUCUCCUGCCGUGGUCUCCGACAGGCAGCCCAAGCUCAGGGCUUCCAUGUUGACCUUCGAUUUGCACUGCACAGAGGUGGAAGUCUCGUGAUAUGAGAUUAGGGAUGUUCCUGAGAUCGAGCUUUAGUUUUGGCAUGCUUGUAACUUAAAUCUCUUUGAGCUGUGUAUACGAAUCAGUAGUAUUGGAAGAGGUCAAGAUUAUCGUGUCGUUGUGACCAACAAA